AUGGUUGUAUUAUACCAUGAUGAAGCAAAAGUACAUUUCAAAAAGUUACUAGGCUCAUACGCAAUUGACGUAAUUGAAUUCGAAAUUCCCUGUUUAACAUUGGGCUUUAACGACAGAUGUAGUAAAUCAUUCAAAGUGAGGCAUUUGGAAAGAGAAGAAGUGAUAUUUCAGUGGAAUAUGAACGAAAUCAAAUAUUCAAUCAAUAAGACAAAGUUUGUAAAACGCGAAUGGGACCCGUUAAUCUUUUUCAAAAAAACCAACUAUACGUUUACAUUUUCUAUUUUCAAUUGUAAUCCUUUUAUUAACCUAAAAGAUGGGCGUGCUAUAACAGGAACUGAAAUUGAUUUAGCGAAGGAAAUGACAAAAGGUUUCAGGGUAAAAUAUUUAAUGACUGGUAAAAAUAUAGCCGAUCCAUGGGCAUACACGAGAGAAAUGGUUGAAAACGGCCAAACAGAUAUGGCUGGAUGUUCUCAAUACAUAACCAACCUCUGGAAACAUCCUAACGUCGAUUUUACUGUGAACCAAAACCAAAUAUGUAUGACGUUUUUGGUACCCAAGGCCGUAUUAUUAUCGCCAUAUUCAUUUUUAUUCCAGACAUUCCAGAUUAGUGUUUGGUUAAUCAAUAUCGCAGCUGUAGUUUUAUUUAGUAUGCUCUUAAUAUUUUUCUUUGGAUUACUACAUAAUAUACGAGAACUGGAUUGCAAUAAAGUUUUCAUAAGUCUUAUGAGAGUCUAUACAGCUGGAGGAAUUUCUAUGAAAUCAAAUACAAAUAAUAUUGUAACUUACAGCAAAAGUUUUUUCAUGUGUUUAUUAUUGCAUAGUUUUUUAAUAUCUAUAUAUUAUAGUGCCGGACUUAGUAGCAUGUUAACAUCACCGAGAUUGUCCAAACAUAUUAAUACUUUUGAAGAUAUGGCAGCUCUGAAAAUAACUUACCAAGAAUAUGAUGAUCCCUUUAAAAAAGAAUUUGAAAUGAAUUCCACUUUGUAUCAUAUAUUUGCUAAUUUGUUCCAAAAAGGUAGAAGGGAAGAUACAACACUUGAUGGCACUGAAGCUAUAAUUGUGAAAACUUUGGAAAAUUCAUUUGUCACUGAUGUGGAAGGGUUUGAUACAGAAAAACUUAAAAAAUUUAAACCGUUGAAAGAAUGUAUAGGAAAUUACUACAUGGGAUUUGCUAUACAAAAAAAUUCGCCGUUUGGAAAACGAUUUAAUACUAUUGCUACUAGAAUGGCAGCAAAUGGAAUUAUGACUAAAUGGUUAAAAGAUCAAAUUUUUUACAAUAAGAAAAGUCAAGAUCCAUUUUUCACCACCUAUUUUCAUGAAACAAAACACGCAACGAUUAACUCGGAAAGAUUAUUUGGUGCUGUUAUAUUUUUAACAAUAGGAUAUGUGAUAGCUAUAAUUAUUUUUAUACUAGAAAUAGUUAAUAAUCGAGUUAGGGUCAAAGAUAUUGAAAGAGAUAUCGAUAUUGCAAGUGAUGAAGUUCUGGUGGUAUUAGAGGGUGCUACAGUUGUCGAUAAAAGCAGGGAGAAUAUGGAUGUGGAUGAUACUAUGGAUAAAAUAGAUAUUUUAGAGGAAAAUACACCUUGGCCGUAG